CCUCCGCGGCUGCAUGAGCAGCUCCCGCCGCCGCACACGCUCUUCUCCCGGACUACCGGCUGCAGCGGUCCCGAUCCCGGUCCCGAUCCCGGUGCGGAGCUGCGUUUGAGGAAGAGGCGCUAACAGGCUGACAGACGGCGGCAGGAUGCUGUGGCUGCUGCUCUGUUUGCUUCCUCUGGUCGCCUGCAGCAGGAUCGUCGCCCAGGAGGUCACUCAUACAGACAAACACAAUGAUGGGGAGGCGGUUGCCACGACAACGAGGCCUCACAUCUACUUCUGCCGCUCGCCCAACAUGGAGGACUUCACCUGCUGGUGGCAUCCGCUGGACAGUCUGGCGGACGGAGAGGAGGUCACCUACGUCUUCACCUACUCCAUAGAGAAGGGGCCCAAACAUCAAUGUCCAGACUACGUAUCCGCCGGCCCCAACAGCUGCCACUUCGACAGCAGCCACACGUCCAUAUGGAGGGCCUACUGCAUGAACGUGACCGCUGUGACCACCCGCCGGAACUACACCUCCCAGGAGCACUGCGUGGACGUGGCAGAGAUCGUCCAGGCUGAAGCUCCGGUCAACCUGACCUAUACGCUGACAGACGCCGGCGGGGAUGAAAUGGGCCACAACGCACUGCUGACCUGGAGGUAUCCGGUGCCCUCGGACCUGCAGUACGGCUGGAUCACGCUGGUGUACGAGCUGCAGUACAGACGCAUUACUGAGCCCGACAACUGGAAGGUGAAGCAUCCUCUGCGUGAGCCUCGUGUGGAGCUGCUCGGUCUCCCCGUCGGCGACUACGUGGUCCGAGUUCGCUGUCGGUCGCACACCUCCGUCCUGUGGAGCAAAUGGAGCUCCACGCUGUUAAUGAGCAUGCCCGCCAGGCCGCCCACAGGUAAACUCCUGGUGCUGAUUCUGGUGACGGGGGUCGGAGUGGUGGCUCUGCUGGUCAUCACCUUUGGUAUUAUUCCACAGAGCAGGAGAAUUAAAGAGUACUUCCUGCCGCCCGUUCCGAAGCCGCGGAUCAUCGGCAUCGACCCGCUGCUCUUGAAGAAGGGGAACUUGGACGAAAUCAACCGUCACUUCAGUAACUUCCACAGCUACAAAUCUCCGUGCUACUACGAGGAAGUCUGGGACCAGGUAAGCGCUGACGACGCCUAUCUCACCUCACUGAAGGACUGUGGCAUCCCGGGCGGCCUCACAGACAAGCAGAAAGACACUUUCGUGGUUCCCUCUGACCCAACGCCCAUGACCGCCCACCAUCAGCUCACGACCCAAAACCCGACAGCGUACGUGCAGAGCCUGUCGCCUUGCUGCUCCCUGCCUCCCCAAGCCUUCACCCCAUCGCUGGAGGUGCCGUCCCCGUGGCCGAGGCCGGAGAUCGUGUCGCUGCCGGGGACGGACUACAGCAUGGCCAUCCCCGCCUCCGGCAUGACUGCUUUCAGCACCAACCAAGCACCGCAGGAUUUCUACACCUGCGUCCAGCUCAUGAAUGAAAGCGGCAAGGUGCAUCUGGUGCCCUGUUUGCCGCCGGCGUACUGCCAGGAGUUCCCGCCUCUCCCGAGGGUCGAUUUAGACGCCGCAGUGAAGGAUGAGAACAGGAAAAAGCUAACUGACUACCAAACCAUGAAGAAUGUGAUGAGCGGGCUGAAAGAUGGCGGUGAUGCUGAGAGGAGCGAAGCGGCUGUGCCUCUGCUGCCUGCUGCUGGUGACAACAAGGGUUGAAUGACAGGAACUAACAAAAACAUAAGACGUACUGAAACAUGGACACUAUUACUCAGAUGUACAGACUCAGAACGUCUGUACAUCAAAGCUUUUGAGAAGACUUUAAAACAGCAAUGAAUCUGCAGGACACUGACCUUGGAAGAGGCUUUUUGAGUUAUCAGGUGCCUCGAACUUGAAGUGGUGCAAUAACAGCAUGUUUUUCUUUGCAAAACUUCCUCUGGACCUCAACUGCUUUCUGUCUUUAGUGUCUCUGGUCAUUGUUUGGAUGCAGUUGCUCUGCGAGGGACCAAACCUGUUGUUGUUAAAGGUGCACUUGGCAAGAUUUUACUUUAAAAAUCCACAUUUGCUGGAGUUAAUUUUUGAGGAAUCAAAAGUUUGGAGCAAAAUUAAAAACUAAACUGGCACUGAUGAGUUGAAGGGUACAGCCUGUCAUGAUUCAUGUCAAUGAAGGCCAUCAGACUUGAAGAAAUUGCAAAGUUGCCUCAUUCAGCUUUGACUAAAUCAAUUUCCACAUGCUGCGUCUCCCAGAUUGUCUCAACAAAGCUUUUCAUUCGGAGCCUUUCUCAGGAAAAAGGAAAAGUGCAGUGCUGUUUUAGGUCGAGGACUCCUGUUGCUUCAAGGCCAGACGACAAAGAUUUACUCAUUCAGACCCUCUUCUUGGUAGUUUCACACGAGACAAUGAGUGUCUUCUAAAACAAAGCAGAUGUGUUUAAAUGUGCUAAAAUGCAACCGCUAAUAUCAGCGCAUCUCCGCUAACAUCCAUAAGAUUUUCCGAUUCAGGAUGUGGGCUUAUUCCAUUAUUACACAUGCAGCGGCACCGACAUGUGCCCGCUCAUGAAGGGAGUAGCUGAUUAUCCUGAACAUGAGUGGAAUAUUAAUCUGCACACGGAGCUGUCUCCUUAUCUUUCUCUGAUGUCUCUGGUGGAUUUUCAGUCCAAUGGAUUUAUUCCAGAAAUCCAAGGAAUCAACAAAAAGUAACUCCCUCAGGAUCAUGUAAGCUGUGAAUUUAAGUUCCCGCUGCAGAAUAUCAGCAGAUGUCUUUUAAUUCUGCUCAGGAGGUUAAAUAAACGUCCACCACUGUUCUGAUAUUCCUGCAUGUGUCUCGAAAAACUUUUAAAGAGAAAAUACAAAGAGUUUUAUUUUCAAUAAAUGAAAAGACUUUAAACUAUUACUCCAGAAGUAUGAAAAUAUUUUUUCUAAUGGAUCAUUUUAGCCCUGCGCAACGCUAUUACAAAAAGGUUUAGUAUGUUUUACUAAAAGACUAACCUCAGGUAGUAUUUUGGAAUUCAGAGCAAAAUUCUGACAGACAUAAGUUAGUUUUAAAUUUUUAGUUUGUCUCCCUCAGGUCCAAGGAUUACUGAAGAAAAGGAGCUGAGAGAAUGAUUUUUCAGAAUAAACCAAAAUGAUCUGUCCAUCUGCUACUGGCUGGUGUUUGGUACCGGAUGGUUUCACUCCUUGUGGUUCAAACUUUUCUUUAAAUCUAUUUUGUGCCAUGUUUUCGGCUGCGGGUCGUGGUGGCAGCUAAAAUAAGAAAGAUCCCUGGCCACAUCCUUCAGACAGAUGGCAUGAAUAAUCCUCGUCUUGAUGUUCGUUAAAUUUGAGGCAUCUGCUUUAUUGACUCUCUCCUGUACAAACUGGCGGUCGAGGAGGGUUCGGUACAUCUGUGGAUCUGUUGGAUCCCACACCACAACGGAAACAAGAGGUUGUAGACGUUUCUCACACCUACCUCGAGUUGUCCAGUGUCCAGAGUGAAUUGUCACUCGUGGGCAAGACUUCAACAUGCUUGAACUCCUUUAUUUGGGGGGGCAUCAGCUUUGAUUGGUUUAACUGGAUUAAUUCCAGCAUGUUCAGUCCCAAACUUAGAGAUCCUGAUCCUCACAUUUGAUAUCAAACUGCUCCCAUGGAUGCUGGUGGCCACAACUCUUGGUAAUAAAGUAUUUUAUCAAGGUCCUGUGAUAGUAAGCCUGUUAUUUAGUUUCACAUGUUGCCAAACACGCAGUCAGGCACCAAAUUAAAGCCACCAACGCAGUUCGUUUUGGACUCUUGAGCCUCAGAGAAAUAUUGUAACCACGGUUUUGAGCUGUUUAGAUGGUUCUUAAGUUUUCUACCUUCCAUGUUUUUGUUGUCUGACGUGUAACUAAAACCAUGUGUGUAUCAAACUGCUCUGAGGUGGAUUACGGUGCUUAUCAGGGCACGGUGAAAAGCAAUACGGACUUGGCAGAAGUGGACCACGAACUAUAAAACUCUUGUCUUGAUGUGAACACCUCCUUCGCCGGUGAUACUUUGAACCAGCAUUGAUGAUGUGCCGUCACUGUGCUUUUUCUCUCCUUGAUGUUGCAGUUAGACAUCGUGCUGUCGUCUCUUUUUUUGUGCCUGUACGUGCCUUUUUUUUUUCACAGUUUGCUUUUCCUCUUGUUGUGUUGAAAUCUCAGCAGCAAACGUGCCACUCCUACACACCUACGAAUGGAUGAUACACAAUACGCACUCCUGGGCUGCGUUGAGCAUGUAUAGAGCCGCUGACCUUUUAUUGUGACAAGUCAAGGUUUCAUUGAAGCACCGAGCUGCACGACUUUAUUCUUGUCAGACAAACGCACUGUGGAUUCAAUGCAAUAAAGAGUGAAAAGGCAUCGAGAAGUGUGCAGGGUUUAUCAUUUAUAACUGAGAAUUUAAAAGAGGUGGCUAAGAAAAUGGAACGGAUGAUGUUUUAGUGCCAUUUAUGUGCAGUGGGGACAUUAAGUGCCAAUUAAUGCAAUGACUUGUGACUUUUAUAGCUCUGAAAAACAACAGUGCAGGAAAGUCUUGGAUCAUUCUGUUUUAUUUCAGCUUUCCAAUUAGUCCUCUGAACUCUAAGCAGUUUCUCUGCAUUUUUUUGCUCUUGUCCCCUUUUUCAUUACUCUUUUUUUUCUCACUUCAAUAUAAAGUCCUGCAGAACAAUCACAGCUGGAGAGAGAACUGUCUUCGUGCAGUAUAACACAGUUAGGAUGCCAUUAAUCUUAAAAAAGAGAAAUGGGGCAAAGGCUUGAAUUUCUUUCUUUAUUUUACAAAAUGAAAAGAAAACAAUCGUGCAAAGUUCACAUGAUGCAUUAUUGUGAAGAAAAUAAACCGGAUUUGUCCUUGAGAGCAGCUCAGCCAUAAAUUACCUCUAAGUUAUUCUACAUGAGUGGAUAAGAAUAAAUGGCUGGAGAACGUGAUCAAGGAAGAUUCAGUUUGCGGGACUGUUGGGUGUAAAUGCUGAAGACAAAUAUAUUGUAUUUUCCUGCCACUAUGUUUUCGUUUGAACUGAUUUUACAAGCGAUUUCCGAAUGAAGAGGUGUAUUUUUGGACAGAAGUGCUCGUGUUUGUCAGCUAGGUUAAAGACGGUUUGAUUAGGAAGCGCUACACUACGUUUGCAGAUAUGUUCAGAACUUGUUAUAUGCAAAUAAUUUACCUCACAACCUGUCCACAGCCGUGUAGCAUUAGCACAGCGCUACGCCGCCACAUGCUGAUAGCAUUCUUGCUUUUUAGCUUGCGACUAAAUGUGCCCUUUUGUUAAGUUGUGGCAAUUGACCCCCUUAAAGAAUAAAAAAUAACAUGUUUUAUUUAAGCUAAGCUAAUCUGUGGUUAGCAACAUGUGACAUGCUAGCUAGCUCCAUGUUUGUUUGUACAUCCCAGCUGAAGUCAACGAAAGAAUAUUGGUUAAAUAUCUCCUGAGAACUGAGAGGAAACAUGUUUUCUUACACUUCCAUAUGCACGAGUAAUGUUUUUUACUUUUGAAAUUCGUAUUUGUUCAUUUCUCUAUCGUUUAUUCACUGAAGAAUUGUAUUGCUAAACAUUUGUUGUCCGCUCAAAGCACUUUCCCGUUACGGUAAAUAAAGUUUAUUCACAUUCA